AAAUCCAACCAGAGUGAGGGUUAUUUUCGAUUUUUUGUCACUUUAGGUUCAGACCCUCUCCUGCUGUUCGCCUCUUCCCGUCUGUCUAUAAGAGACUGGGCGAGUGGAGAGAACCGAGAAUAACCAAAUUCGUACAACGCUGGACAAGUGAUUGUUGGUUGGCCAAUUGAGAGAGAGAGAGAGUCGCGGUGGGGGGAUGUUGUUGGGGAGUGGUGCAAGUACUACUUUUGUGAGGUAUUUCUCUAGGAAAUGCUCUCAGAACCUAAGGAAGAUCAACCCGAAGGUGCCGCCUCAAGAGGCAUCAUCCAUAGCCAAAAAUCUCUACCAGAUCAUCAAGGAACGCGGACCUCUCACCGUUUCAAACACUUGGAACCAAGCCAAGCAGGAAGCAGGUAUUAAUGGAUUGAACAGCAAAACACACCUGAAGAUAAUGCUGAAAUGGAUGAGAGGUAGGAAAAUGCUGAAAUUGUUCUGCAACCACGUUGGUUCCAGUAAGAAGUUUCUCCUUUCUACUUUGCCUGAGGAAGUCCCCGUUGGUCAGUUAAAUAACCCCAUUGAAUUGAAGCUGGAGACGCAAAAACCAUCUCUGAAAAAGACAAAACACAUGCAGUGAAAUGCUCAUUGGUUUUCAUCAAAUUCAGUAAAUGCAUGUUCACUGGGAAAUACUUACUAGGAAUUUUACGAAUCAAAAAGAAACUUCCUAGGGAUUCUGAUAAAUGGUCCAAAUAAGAUCUAGAACUCUAUUUAGAUGCCUUUAAUCAUCAUUUAUGUUUUUCAGGUCCAAUUAUCGGCUGUAUUACUCCCUCCGUUCACUAGCUUUUUGAAUAUUGGAUGCUGAUUUCGGGUUUUCAAAAUAAAGGCAACUAUGGAAUAUUCUUGAAUUGA